GAUGUAGUUUUUUUUUUUCUGAUCGUAUCUACAAAAUACAGACAGUAAACACGGAAAACGAGAUUUAAGCCGUUUCAAGGGCUAUUUUAGAUGCCGCGUCAUGUUGGUCACCUCAAGGAGAAGAGGAAGUGCAUCUAUUUCGUAGAGCUGCACUUUUGGUUUACGAUAUCAACUCGUAACGGAGCCAGAGGAUGGACCCUCGUGGCCGGAGACACGAGCGAGGCAGCAACUGGACCGACCCGGAGAUCGUGGAGCUUCUCCAGCUGUGGUCCGACGAAUCCGUCCAAAUUGAACUGGAGAGCUCGUUGCGCAACCAGCGUGUAUUUGACCGCAUAGCGCUCGUCCUGCGCGAAAAGGGCAUCUACCGCACAGGUGACCAGUGCAGAGAGAAGAUUAAAAAGAUGAAACUGGAGUACCGUCGCAUUAAAGAUAACCAUAAACUGAGAUCGUGGAAAUUUUACGAUGUGAUGGACCGGGUUUUGUCUAAUCGACCCGCUAUCACGUACUCCACUCUGGGUGGAACAGUGGUUGCUCAGCAGGUGUUUCAGAGCCCGUGUGGAAGUGACUCUUACUUGCAAGGGAACUCUUCAGCAGGCUCCUUCGGUCCAGCAUCUUCAGGAGGGUUUCUGUUUGGUCAGCCCCCCAAAGUUGGAGACCCCCUGGAUGUAAAAUGUGAAGAUGUUGAGGAAAGUCUGUUGAACGCAGAUGUUGCACCCCCGGAAAUGUACUACCGGUCAGGAGAUGAACAGGAAACAGAUGAACAAUCUUUACUGGAAACGGAGGACACGUUGGGUCAAGGAGAACAUUCUACUCAUGCCAGGAUUUCACCUUCAGGUUUAACUGACCUUAACCUUGCUGGGUCUGCCUCCCAGUCUGGCAGUGUACCUGUGCCACAUGACACAUUUAAAGAAGGGGUCCGCCCCUUGGCUACUGGGAGACAGCGGAGACGUCGGCGUGCAGGCAAAACCACGUGUCGCCACGGUAGCGGUAAAUGUAGCAGCCAGGGGCCCCUCGACAAAGCUCUGGCCAGCUUCCUUAUCUGGCAAAGGUGCGCUGAAGAUCGCCUCCUCUCCCUGGAGGAGGCGCGACUGGAGAAGGAGCAGCAAGCUGAUGAGAGGAGACAACAACAGGAAGAGAAGCGAGCAGAGCGAGAGCGCCAGCAUGAGCUCCGCCUGUUCAGCAUGCUUACUGGGGCUUUGGUUGCGGUCAGACAGGGUGCCACGACGACAACAACCGCAUCCACCAACACCUCUGUCUCCCUGCUUGAGCAUCAGUCAGCUUUACUGAUGACACCAACGGCCUCCACUGCGCCAUCUACAUCUCCGACACAUUCUCAGGCUCCUACUUCACAUGCUGUUUGCACUAAGGGGACACUAAAGUCAGGUCAGCCCACCUCUGUCAAGUUCUGCACCAAGUCUGUGGGUGGAUUGGCAACUGAGAGAGGUGUGAAGUCUCCUGAGCUCAGUGUGUACCUGUCCAAUCGCGGUAACAGUAUCCAACAGCAUCAAGCCAUUCUCCAGGAGGGUUUCGCUCAGUAUGGAGCGAACCGCUAUCACUACAUCGACAACCCUAACGGUGUCAUCAACAUGGGCACAAGUGAGAACAAGCUCUGCUAUGAUCUCCUUCAUAAAAGGUUGACCCAACCUGACAUGCUACAUGUUGACCCAGCGCUGUUGCAGUAUGGUGACUGGAGAGGACAUGCAUUCCUGAGAGAAGAGGUUGCAAAGUUCCUGACUUACUAUUGCCGUUCUCCAAAACCACUGAAAGCUGACAAUGUUGUGGUGAUAAAUGGAUGUAGUUCCAUUUACUCCUGCAUCGCAGCAGUUAUUUGUGACCCAAAGGAUGUGAUUCUCAUUCCUAGUCCCUUUUAUGGUGUUAUUACUGAGGACCUCCAGUUGUAUAGUGAUGUCAAGUUGUUUCAUGUUCCUCUGGGCUGUGAGAAUGAAGGCAGUCAAAUUUUCCACCUCACAGUAAGCAAACUGGAAGAAGGUCUACAAAGAGCUAAGCACGAGGGGGUAAACAUCCGGGCUCUAAUACUGAUGAACCCCCAUAACCCUCUUGCUGAGAUCUACACCCCAAAGGAAAUGCGGGCAUUCUUAGAGUUUGCCAAAAGAAACGAGCUCCACGCCAUCGUAGAUGAGGUGUACAUGCUGACGGUGUUUGAUGAAUCAGUUACAUUUCACAGUGUCCUCGGUCUGGAAAGUUUGCCCGACCCACAGAGGACACACAUAAUGUGGGGGCUGAGCAAGGACUUUGCAAUGGCUGGAACCAGAGUAGGCACUCUGUAUACUGAGAACCAAGACCUUGUUCAGGCUUUGGCCAAACUGGGCUCAUUCCAUGGUGUCUCUGGGACCACACAGCACCAGGUCACACAACUUCUUCAAGACAGAGAAUGGAUCAACAAGGAGUUUCUACCCGAGAACAGAUGCAGAUUGAAAGCUGCUCACCGCUACGUGACAGAUGAGCUGCAGACAAUGGACAUCCACUACCUGGACAGGCCCACCUCUUUGUAUAUCUGGGCUGACUUCAGAAAGUUCCUCAGGGCCCCAACAUUUGAGGAAGAGUUGUUUAUGUGGCGCUUCUUCCUCAAACACAAAGUGGUAUUGAGCUGCGGACAGGCCUUCCAUUGCUCCACACCCGGGUGGUUUCGCAUCGUCUUUGCAGACAAGCAGCACCACCUUCAACUUGGCCUGAAGAGAAUCAGAGAAGCCUUAAAAGAAAUGGAAGAAAGAAGCGCCAACAGGCAGUCAUUCGUCACCAAAGAAGCCAGAGAGGAGAGCAAGAGAUCAGUGAAAGAGGACAGUGCACAUUCAGACAAUGCCGUGAUUGAAAAUUCCACAUCAUCCCCCCAGAGCAAGUCAUCAGACCAGCUGAAGGAGAACGCGUGCCCUGUUCCUGUCACAGGCUUCUUUGGCCCUGAUGAUUUUGUGUUGCAGGACUGCCAAGCCUCCAAGCCUGCAGAGAGCCUGGACUCUCUGAUUGGUACUCUCAAGCAACAAAUCCGUUCCUCUGAUUGGCUGGAAAAAAAUUGUCCUCAGGGGUCUGCAGGAGAAGACCCACAGAUUUUUGAUGUGUUUAAGGUGCUGUUGGAACGUGCCCGAAAAUAAGUGGAGUUGUGUAUGCGGUUACUUUCUAUCUUCAAUGAUGCCUUACAUUUUUGGUAUUGGAGAUAAUCAAGAGAUCUCCUUACAUGCGUAAUUAAAUGCCAAAUGUAUCUGCAUAAAUAUAUAUUCAUGAUUUUAAUCUUUAUAUCCAGCUCCGGUGGUGUAACGCUGCAGACUGCCGCCAUUUGUGCAGAUCUUGCAGGUUUGAUUCCCAGCCAGUGCACUAACACCCAGCCAUGAGGGAUUUCCAUUACCUGUCCCAAGCCUGAAUUAAUGGGAGUGUUGCGACAGGAGAGGAAUUUGGCAUAAAAACAAAAAAGCCAAAUCAAAUCAUUCGAUCGACUUGCUGUGGUGACGGGAAAAAGCUGAAAAAAAUUUACUUAAAUGCACUUUAUCAUAUGUGUUUUACAUUUAAAAUGUAUUCAUUUUAACUUGUACUGUAUUGAGACAUAGCAUUUCAGCAGUUUUUGUUUAAUGUGUGUUUUUUUUUUUUUACAUGUUGGAAGGGUUUUGCACACACUCUGUUCUAGCGAGACCUUAGUGGGCUUGUAAUCAAGGCUCUUAAGUUCUUGCAGCAAACUCAUCCGUCCAUUCAUUCCUUCCAAGACCUUGCUUUUCACACUGAGGCAGAGUAAUGCUGCAGUUGAAAAGCACCUUUGCUAAACCGUUCCCACAAAUUUGGAAGCAUAGAAUUGUCCAAAAUGAUUUGUUAGAAUGUAAGGUGCUCUAAUCUAGUGGUUCUCAAUUAUUGUAUGUCGGCAACCCUGCAGUAACAUUGAACAUUCUCAUUUAUGUCAUUUCAAAAUUCAGUUUAAACAUGAUUGUGGACAAGAAUUUGAAUAAAUAAAUGUUUUUUUUUUCCUGAA